AUUUCAUCCUCUCAGAGUGUUUGCUAGUCUUGUUGUGAUUGCUAAUGUAGUCCACCUUCUGAUGCCCCUGUAGUCUGUAGCAUCCUUUUGAUGUCUUGACGCUGCAGACAUGUUAUUUAAUCUUUUCCAUUAAAGAAUCCAUACCUCACUAACAUCCUGCAGUGUAACUUAUGAUUUCCAUUGUUUAUCUGGGGAAGUCUUUAGCUUGGGAUUUUGAUUCUGUUGACCCUGUGACAUGUUCAAUUGGCUUUAUCCAUACAACUGACAACAGACUUCUCUUUAGUUGUCGUACUCACAGAAACUUCUCACUUUGCUCUUCAAACUUAAUCAAUGAUUGAUGGCACGAAGUAAUUAUACAGAUAUUGGAAUUGGGUGCUCAUAGUCCCAUAUAAUCUUUGGGGUGGCAAGAUAGAUUAUUUGUGGUAGCAUACUGCUCUAACUUCUGACCAAGGGGCAGUCAUGUUGUUUAUGGUUCUAUCAUUCUGGUGACGGAUAUUCAUAAUUGAGUUUCCCCUUAAUCAUUCUUUGGAGAAAGGUUCUAAGUAAUAGGCGAUAAUGAUGCUGUUUUGAUUACUGUUAAGGCCUGUUAGAUUACCGUUAUUGCUUAUUGUCCCAACAGUGGACAUGCUAUCUUCCACUUGCCAAAGCAAUUUGUGCAAUAACUGCAAGCGCCCUGGUCAUUUUGCAAGAGAAUGCCCCAACGCAGCUGUGUGUAACAAUUGUGGUCUUCCUGGGCAUAUUGCAGCGGAGUGCACCACACAGUCACGGUGUUGGAAUUGUAGAGAACCUGGGCAUGUUGCUAGUAACUGUCCGAAUGAAGGCAUCUGUCAUUCAUGUGGCAAUUCUGGGCAUCGUGCCAGGGAUUGCCCAAAUCCUGAGAUGCCACCUGGAGAGUUGAGGCUAUGCAACAAUUGCUAUAAGCCAGGGCACAUUGCUGCUGAGUGUACAAAUGAUAAAGCAUGUAAGAACUGCAGGAAAACUGGCCACAUAGCACGCGAUUGUCAGAAUGAACCUGUUUGCAACUUGUGCAACAUAGCUGGGCAUGUGGCAAGGCAGUGCCCAAAGGGCAAUAAUGUUGCAGAGAGGGGUGGUUGGGGUCGGAACAGUGGUUACCAGGAUGUCGUCUGCCGGACCUGCAACCAGGUGGGCCACAUGAGCAGGGAUUGUGUGGGUCCCAUGAUCAUCUGCCACAACUGUGGUGGCAGGGGCCACAGGGCAUUUGAGUGCCCAUCAGGCAGAUUGGCUGACCGUGGAUUUCGGAGGUUCUAAUCUAGCUCUCGCCUUCUGUUUUGCAAGUCAUAUAGCCUUGAUACGGAUAAGUGUUUCUGUUUGUCGGUUGAAGCCUAUAAUUUGGGCAAUUGGACUAUCGUUUUGGUGCGAAGUUGUAAUACUAUGAGGGAUGAUUUCUUGGUUUCAACCUUUCUUUCUUUUAUUCUUUUCAUUUUCACUUUGGACUUGGUAGAAUUGACACGUUAUAUGCCAUUGAACUGGAUUUUUGUAAUUGCUUUUGAUUUGGACUGGAAGUUAUAAACUUCUAAUA